AUGCGUUACUCUCUCGCCGUCGUUGCUGCUAUUGCCGCCUCCGUCCAGGCCCACGGUGUCGUCUCUGAGAUCCAGGGUGCCAACGGUGUAAACAUGCCUGGUCUCUCCGUCCAGGAUGGUACUCCCCGUGACUGCGCUUCUCCCCUCUGCGGCUCUGAGGCUGAUACUUCCAUCAUCCGUACCCGCGAGAUGGGUGGCAAGGCUUCGGCUCUUGGACGCACUCAGGGUGGCGGUGCUGUUGACGCUGGUGCUGCUAUCGCCAUGUUCAUGGGAGGAGGUGCUGGUGGCGCUGCUACCGGCGCUGCCACUGGUGCUGGCGCUGCUACUGGCGCUGGUGCUGCUACUGGUGCUGGUGCUGCCACUGGUGCUGGUGCUGCCACUGGUGCUGGUGCUGCUACUGGUGCUGGUGCGGCUGUCAACAACAAGCGUGGUCUUCUCGACGCUCUUACCGGUGGCGCCGGAGGCGCUGGAGGUGCCGCUGGCGGUGCUGCUGCUGCAGGCACCAAGACUCCCAAGGGAACUACUGAGAAGGGUGUUGCCGCUGCCGCAGGCACUGGAGCGACCUCUGGUCUUCCCACCACUGCCGAUGACGGCACCAUCACCAUGACCUUCCACCAAGUCAACCAGGACGGUGCCGGUCCCCUGACCGCUCAGAUCGACGCUACCUCCGGUGGAACUGACCCUGCCGCCUUCCAGGACGCCACUGUCACCCAGAACGUCCCCGGUAUCGGUAUUGGAGGUCUCUCUGCCGCUUCCGUCAUGGACUUCCCCGUCAAGGUCCAGAUGCCCGCUGGUAUGACCUGCCAGGGUACCGCCGGUGGUGCCAGCAACGUCUGCAUCGUCCGCAUGCAGAACUCUGCCCUCGCUGGUCCUUUCGGUGGCUCUGCAGCCUUCACCCAGAGCACUGCCGCCAAGAAGCGCGCUGUUGAGUACAACCUCCGCAAGCGCCACAUGGCCCGCGGUAUCCUCGGAAAGCCUGAGUAA